CGUCCUUUAUCCCUGGGGGCUGAUAUUUGUGUGCAUUCUGCCACGAAAUACAUGAACGGGCAUAGUGAUGCUAUAAUGGGACUUGUUUCAAUGAACUGUGAUGAUCUCUACGAAAGGCUCAAGUUCUUACAAAACACUCUUGGAGCUGUUCCAUCUCCCCUCGACUGUUACCUGUGCAACCGUGGUCUGAAGACACUCCAAAUCCGGAUGAAAAAACAUUUCCACAACGCACUAGCUGUUGCUCGAUUUCUGGAGUCCCAUUCCAGGGUGGAGAAAGUACUUUACCCAGGCUUGCCUUCCCACCCUCAGCAUGAGGUGGUCAAGCGGCAGUGCACUGGCUGUUCCGGGAUGAUCAGCUUUUACAUUAAAGGAAAUCUCCAACACGCUGCUGCCUUUCUCAAGAAUUUAAAGGUAAAUGCCAUCAGUUUGUCACUAGGUUGGUACAAAAGUAAAGCCGUUGUG